GAGCUUGUAUGCUAUAAAUGUGGGACUGCAUCUAACUUUCCUGGACUGUCUUCCUCUGUCCUGUGACAUUCAAAGGAAUCAGGAUUGUCUUUCAGGUGAUGAUCAACCUUUAUCUUGGGACCUAGAAACAUGUCUUAACUGGAUGGCUUGUUUGAAGUUGAAUAAUGGGAGAUGAGAAAAGUAGCUUCUUGUUCAGCACUCUCUUUCUCCAACUUUUACACCAACUGUGCACAACGAAAACCUUUCUUUCUCAGCCGGAAAGGUCUUUCCAAUGUCAUUCCUUCACGAUCUUCCCUUGAACUUCACUCGCAUUUAUACUCAGACUGGCUUGUCUCAGCACUAAUUGUUGGUGUAAACUCUUGCUCUCGUGUCUUCUAUUGCCAGGCUUUUCACGCCCGAGUUAUCAAAUCCGUGAAUUACCGUCACGGAUUCGUUGGUGAUCAGUUGGUGUCUAAUUAUGCUAGAUUAGGAUACCCAGAAUAUGCACAAAAUUUGUUUGAUGAAAUGCCUAAUAAAGAUUUGGUCUCCUGGAAUUCUUUAAUUUCAGGAUUAUCCCGAAGUCGGUUUACCACUAAAUGCUUGAGUGCAUUUUGUAAAAUGAGAUUUGAAAUGGGUAUGCAACCAAAUUAUGUCACUUUUUUAUCUAUAUUCUCAGCUUGUAGUGAUGAGGGAGCUCUAAGUGAAGGCAAGUGCAUUCAUGGCUUUGCAAUGAAAUUGGGUAUGCUAAAUGAUGUGAAAAUUGUAAAUGCUCUUAUUAACAUGUAUGGAAAGUCUGGAUAUUUACAUGAAGCUUGUCGGUUAUUUAAGGCAAUGCUAUUGCAGAAUUUGGUGUCUUGGAAUUCAAUGAUUGCAGUUUACACUCAAAACGGGCUUGCCGAGGAAAGUAUGGGAAUUUUCAUUAUGAUGAGAAGGGCUGGAGUUGAGUUUGAUCAAGCUACUAUGUUGACUGUUCUUCAGGCUUGUGAAAAUUUAGGCGUCAGAAAUUUAGCUGGGAGUAUUCAUGGUUUAAUUUUAAGUUUUGGUAUAACUGCUAAUGUGACCAUUGCAACUGCACUUUUAAACUUGUAUUCGAAGUUAGGGUGUUUACAUGCUUCAAGUAAGGUUUUCGGAGAGAUUAUUGAUCCAGAUAACGUGGCCUGGACUGCCAUGCUUGCAGGCUAUGCUGUGCAUGGUCAUGGGAAAGAUGCAAUAAAGCUCUUUCAAAUCAUGGUGAAAAAAGGUGUACAGCCUGAUCAUGUUACCUUCACUCACUUGUUAAGUGCUUGUAGUCAUUCAGGACUUGUCAAUGAGGGGAAGCGUUACUUCAAGAUUAUGUCUGAAGUUUAUGGGGUGGAGCGGAAGUUGGAUCACUAUUCAUGCAUGGUUGAUCUUCUUGGUCGCUCAGGACAUCUCAGUGAUGCUUAUGAUCUGAUUAGAUGCAUGCCAAUGGAGCCUACUUCUGGUGUCUGGGGUGCUCUUCUUAAUGCUUGUAGAGUCUAUGGUAAUACUGAACUUGGAAAGGAAGUUGCAGAAAGAUUAUUUUCUUUAGACCCAUCAGAUGCCAGAAACUACAUCAUGCUGUCAAAUAUAUAUUCUUCAGCUGGACUAUGGAGAGAGGCUUCAGAAGUGAGGGCAUUACUAAAAGAGAGAAGUCCCUACAGAACCCCUGGAUGUAGUUUUGUUGAGCAUGGAAAUAAAAUCUAUCGUUUUGUUGUGGGUGAUAGAUCUCACCCUCAGGCAGAGAGGAUAUAUAACAAGUUGGAAGAACUAAUUGGAAAGAUAAGGAAAGCUGGUUUCAUGUCUAAAACAGAAUUCGUUCUACAUGAUGUUGAUGAGGAAGUUAAAGAGAAUAUGAUCAAUCAGCACAGCGAGAAGUUAGCCAUGGCAUUCGGGCUUUUGGUGACUGAUGCUGCAAUGCCACUAAUUAUAACCAAAAACCUUAGAAUAUGUGGUGAUUGUCAUAGCAUGGCAAAGGCUGUAUCACUGAUUGAGAGGCGUACCAUCAUAAUUCGAGAUCCAAAGCGGUUUCAUCAUUUUUGUAAUGGAUUAUGUUCUUGUGGAGAUUACUGGUAAGCCCUAAACAGUUCUUAAUGACAUGGUGUGAC